AUGGACGAACGCGCCGAUAGGCAGUUCGAUGGGAACCAAGCAGGUCGAGCAGGAGUAAGCAGACAAAGAGAUGCACAACAACGUGAUCAGCUUGCCGACAUAUCGCAAGCAUCAGCAAGCCACACUCAGAGCAGACGAAGUCUCCCAUCCAGAUUGAGUUUAAGGAACAACGUGCGUGAUAGGUUGGGCCCAAGAUCCAACAUCCACACUCGCUUAGGUCCGCAGGGAAAUGUUCAUGAAAGGCUAGGCUCCUAG